UUCAUUACGAAACAUGAAUAGCUUUGUGGUACUAGGACUGGUCCUUUGUGGCCAGAUUGGAAUAUCUUAUGCCGGUCUGCCUCAUGCAUGGUCUGCUUGGGGAUCCGGUGGUAGCCAUCCUGGACCUGUAGGACCACCAGGCGACAAAGGAGAGCCAGGCAAUAAAGGUCCAAGAGGAAUGAAAGGUCCACAGGGGUGGAAAGGACCACCAGGGAUGAAGGGAGGACCAGGUGAUGUAGGUAUGAAGGGAAAGAACGGAAAUCCCGGAUCUUGGGGACCACCAGGUAAUGUGAGCUUGUCUUUACAGCCGAUUCCAUUGAGUGUGCAGGUAAAGCUGGUUAGCUAG